AUGGAAUGUGAAUCUAUCUCAAAUUCCAUGCCAGUUAUACUUGUAGUAUUAGGGUGUGACAAUUUAUUAGGUUAUUACAUCUUGGAGAAGGCUCUAGGGAAUGUUGACCACCCUAGCCAUGUUUGGGGUUUAGGAUUUGGAGUAAUCAAGAAGGAAUACUUUGUCAAUACCCCAAAGAAACCCAAGAAUGCUACCAGUGUUAUAGAGGUGGAUUUGUUGUGGCAAGAGCUUUACAAAACUCAGGUAGUUGUGGAGCAACAAAAUAAAUACAUUGAAAUGUUGCUUGAGGGGCAUAUGCUGAGGAUUUUUGACACUGAAUUUAGCCCCUCGAGUGUAAAAGAAAGCUAUAAAGGCUUCCCUUCUCUAAAACUACCUGAGUGUGUGGUAGCUCGAUCAAGUGCUAAAUUCGAGUACAGAGCCUUAGUAGAUAUAGCUUUAGAACUUUCAUGGAUUCAGUCCUUCACCCAAGAACUCAAACUAUAUCUUCGUCAACCUCUGAUCGCGUGGUGCGAUAAUCUCAAUGUUGCUGCUCUUGCUUCGAAUCCAAUCUACCAUGCCAAAUUGAAGCACAUCGAGAAUAUGGAUCUUCAAAAUGAAAAAACUAAAAGAUUUCAAAAUUCUGGUAACCUCACAAAAGGGAGUGAUAUUUAUAGUUUUGGAAUAAUUUUACUGGAACUAAUUACUGGAAAACCAGCAGCAAAAAGACUACCAGAUAAUACAUUGAGUCUCCUAGUUCAAUGGGUCAAUCCUAAACUUGAAAGCAAGGAUAUCCAAUCCACCAUUGACCCAAGAUUAGAAGGACAAUACAGUGUUGACUGUGCUUGGAAAUUUCUCAAGAUAGCUGUGUCAUGCACUGCGCCAUUUGCAAAUAAAAGACCUGACAUAAGUCAAGUGGUUGUUGAACUUAGGGAAUGUAUGGCAAUGGAGAUAAGCAUGGAAGGCACCAGCGGCAAUCCCAAUUCAAGCAGUUCCAUGGAUAUGAGCACAUUGCAAUUUAAUUCAGACCUCAGUACUCUGUCUCCUAGAUAA